UGCCUCACACAGAGCAGAGGGGGAGGCUCUGCAAUGGAACAUAUCCAAGACACCCUGUUCCAACCAGGCUCCCCCAGGCCAGCAGUGACAGCCUCCAGCCCCGGGGCUUGGCAGCCUGGCUUUGGGCUGGGCUCUGCGCUCCCUCCUUCCUCCUUGCCUCAGGCAGGAGCUGCAGGAGCUCUGGGAUCCCUCUCCUGCCUGCGCAGAACCAGUAGCUGCUGCUGAGCUCCGGCACCUGAAAGUCCUAGGAAAAAUCCAAGGAAAACUUACUUCCACGGUCCUUCCUGCUUGGACAACACUUGAGUUGCAGCUGCCCCUUCCUGAAUAGAAUUGGCUUCAAUUGGAGUCGAACCAAGAGGUUUCCGAGGUAUAUUCUAAGGCACGUUAGAACACGAGUAAGAAAAUGGACCCCAACGCUUCGUUCGACUGGCCCCACGCGCUGAAUUACAACGGGACGUACAAGUACCUCUACUGGGAAGGCAACGUCUCCUACGUGGACUUCUACCUUCACCAGCCUUCAGUGGCCGCUGUCUUCAUCAUAUCCUACCUCCUCAUCUUCCUCCUCUGCAUGGUGGGCAACGGGCUGGUUUGCUUCGUCGUCCUGCGGAGCAAACACAUGCGGACGGUCACCAACCUGUUCAUCCUGAACCUGGCUGUCAGUGACCUGCUGGUGGGCAUCUUCUGCAUGCCCACCACCCUCCUGGACAACAUCAUUGCAGGAUGGCCUUUUGGCAGCCUGGUGUGCAAGAUGAGUGGGAUGGUCCAAGGGAUCUCUGUUUCUGCCUCUGUGUUCACUCUGGUUGCUAUUGCCGUGGACAGGUUCCGGUGCAUCGUGUACCCCUUCAAGCAGAAGCUGACCAUCCCCACCGCCGUCACCAUCGUCGCGGUCAUCUGGAUCCUGGCCGUGGCCAUCAUGUGUCCCUCGGCAGUCCUGCUGCAGGUGCAGGAGGAGAAGCACUUCAGGGUGAUCCUGGGCCCCGGCAACGACACCCGCCCGGUGUACUGGUGCCGGGAGGACUGGCCUGACCCGGCGAUGAGGAAGAUCUACACGACGGUUCUCUUUGCCAACAUCUACCUGGCUCCCCUGUCGCUCAUCGUCAUCAUGUACACCCGGAUCAGCGUCGCCCUCUCCCACACUGCCGGGGCUGGGGAGCGCGGCCAGGAGCAGCGGCACAGCACCUGGAAGAGGAAACAGAGAGCCAUCCAAAUGCUCCUCGUCGUGACUCUGCUUUUCACCCUGUCCUGGCUCCCCCUGUGGACUCUGAUGCUGCUCUCGGACUACGCCAGCCUCUCCGAUCUCCAGCUGCAGCUCAUCAACAUCUACAUUUAUCCCUUUGCUCACUGGCUGGCCUUCUUCAACAGCAGUGUCAACCCCAUCAUCUACGGGUUCUGUAACGAAAACUUCCGCCGGGGCUUCCAGGGUGUCUUCAAACUCCAGCUCUGCUCCAGGGAGGUCUAUUCCCAGCCAGGCCAAAGCAAGGACCUCCUGCCAGCUGCCCAGUGCCAGGCGCCCCAGGAUCAGUCUUUUCAAACAGCUAAGGAGGAGAGGAAGCCAGUUAAGAAAGGAAACUGGGUGAAUAACCAGCAGGAUUUGAUCAUGGAGGAUCUGGAAGAGUCCUGCAAUGAUGGGAUCAAGUGAAACAUGCUAGGAACCACCCGAAAGGUUUAGGCCUGGCAGAGUUUAUUCAUUGUGUGUGAAACUCGUGCUUUGUGAGCCCUUUCUGACAGAAAUGCUGAAGUGUUUCUUGUUUGAAGGAGACAUCAAACUCACAUCACAUCUGAACAUUUGAUAUCAGCAGGAAACCAAACUCAUCCCUUUGUGUCACCAGCUUAAACCAGUGGACACUCCCCUCAGCCAGCCAUGAGCUGCUGCUCUUGAACUGGGCUGAAACAAGGACAGGAUUAAAAUCUUCCAUUUACUGGGACAUAAGAGAAAAAGAGAACUGAGAUUACUGACUCAGAUACAAUUACUGUGGAUGCCCAAAGAAGAAAACAUUCCUUCAUUUUCUCUGUGAAUCUCUCAGAGCAGCUGAAGCAGAGUUGCUUGAAUGACAUUUAUGGAAAUGUCUCAGCCUGUGAGUAAGCCCUUGUCCUGUAACUCUCAUGGACUGAAAUGUUGGAGAUACAGCGUGAAAUGUGAACUGGACUCAGCAGUCGCUGGGUCUUCUUGUGGCUGUGUCCACAUUGCUUCUGGCUGAACAUUCUAAACACCAACCGGUUCCUGCCCGAGUGACAAAAAUGAGCAUUUUCAGUCACAUCCCAUUUAUUCCCCUGUCUCAUUGUUAUUUCUGUGAUAUUCAUUAGUGUUGCAGUGAGAGAAAUAAAUAGGAGUG